CAGUAUUUCAGUCAUAUUGAACAACAUAGAAAACACAGCAAAAAUUGCAUUUAAACAAAUGAAUAAAUAAAUAUAAGAUUCGGUGGAAACCUUUAACACAUUCAGACAUCCAUAUGUUUGUGUUUACAGAAUAUAAUUUCUCUACUUUAAGAAACAUUUAAAUUACUUAUUAAGCAGACAGAUACUGAAGUGUACUUGUACAGACUACAUUUAUGAAGAGUACGAGAUUUUAAAAUGCGACUGUAUGAAAACGCUCGAAUGUAUGUUAUCAAAUCUAAAAUUGUUUAUAUGAAUUUGUUUGAAUUUUCGAAGUAUGUAUAUAUAAGAUAAAACUUUAAUCACUUAAUUCUCAAAAUUGCAUUGUCACCUGGCUACUCGUUCAUUCAUACACGUUUACAAUUGGCUGAUGAAAUGACUGAUAAGAUUACAAUCGUUGUUCAAUUUACCCUGUUAUCAGAAAUUGAUUAUUGAAAUUUUACAUUUUGUUCUAACUACAUACGUUAACUUGACACUAGGUUGCACAAAAUGGUGCAUGGUGAUGUAAAAUGAAUUGAAUGUGUCAAUCGAAUGAAUUAAAUGUUCCUUUUUUAUGCACAUCAUAGGGUGAUUUACAUAAAAUGAAUAUUAUUACUAAAUUCAUUGAAUUUAUUUGGAUACUAUGUUUACUUUAUCACUACAUACAACACUAUCACGUGACAGGUGGCCGCUGUAGUUGGGGAUCGUGGUUGCCAUGGAAUUGCUCAUGUUGUGGAGGUUCAUUGGAAAAAGAUGUUUACAGGGUUAGGGCCAAGUGCUGUGAUCAUACUUAUGAAUGUUCAGUCAGGAGAAUAAUGUCUUUAGAUAUCUCGGAUGAAAAUAAAUUUGGAGAUAAGGGCAGCUGUUCGAAGGAUUGUGAAACGCGAUUUUCUCAACACAAUUUCAACACUUGUGUUUCAUCAAAGAUGAUUCUAGACGAUUUAUCAGCACAAAGCAAAAUCAAAUCAUGUGAAAAAACGUGCUUAGGAACAUUAACAACAACAACAACAACACUUGCUGCAAAACCAACAGCCACCAAAGUACAUAACGCUUCUUCGCAAACCACCAAAAUAUUUCGUGGAGGUGAGAACGGUACUAUUACAACGAAGAAUGACCAAUCCCAAACUUCCUCUUUGCAAACUGGCAUCUCAAACAAAGAUACAACAAUAUUUCCGGGCGUUGUCACAGGGCACGUUUCGAAGAGGAUGACAUCGGCAAAUGCGUCAUUCACAUACCCGUCUUCUUCCAAGUUUCAAACUGGUAACAAUGUCAGUUCUGAGAAAAACACACCGUCAAAUGGUGGAAGGACAACUAGUCUGAACACAUUCGCCAAGUUCUUGCUCGGAGUUCUCAUUCUCCGGUCACUUAUGCUGACGACUGCUGCUAAUUUUGAUAUUUUAGUUCGUUAAAUUGUCAUAAAACUAAUGUGAAAAAAUACAAUGCAGUAUCUGAAUUGAAAGAAAUAUUUGUUUUUUAUAAAUUUUUGAAAUUGAUCUUUUUUUCGAGUUUUUGUAUGAAUGAUAAAUGUUUGUCAAAUAAUGUUUAUAAUAAACAGUAUUAACAAUACACAUUAUGCUCAUAAUUUCAUUGUCAGAUUGAGCUGAAUUAAGUAUAUACUUCAAAAGAUUGAAUGUUCUAAUGGAGAUCGAACAACGUUAGAUUUUGGAAAAUGUUAAAGAUAAAAUAUAAAUCUGCCUAAA